AUGAGUCAACAACAGCAUCUUCCGGAUAGCGAAGGCCUCCAGGUCAAUACAGACGCUGAACAAGCCGCCAAAGCUCCAGAAGUAGCUCCCGGUUACGAUAACGGCAAUUACUACAUCCCUCCCGGUUAUCAUCAUCCUCAGCAGGCGUCAUCGGAUGGAGUAAGGAUUCCUUUUGGCCUUGGAGUUUGGACUUUCGCCGCGCUUGUCGCUCUAUGUACGGCUAUCGUUGUCGGCGCAGGUGUAGGUGGAGGAUUGGGCGCCGCUUUGGCAAAUAAAUCUAGUGAUUGCUCAGUGGACUCGGCAUCUGGUACCGCUCCCGCCGCGACAGCAGAACCAACCGCGACUUCAUGCCCAACGCCCGACAACAGUACAUCAGUCAACGACACAGCUCCCUAUGUACCGAGAGCUGCUGAUACAGUUAGCCUGCUGGAGUUAGAUUGCCCCGAGUCCAAGAAAGACGAGACACGGUACAAGACCAACAAAGGCUACGAGUUCAAGUGGUGGUGCGGCGUCAACGCAGCACAAGGCACCCCAGCUGAGGGAGGAGGUAUUGUUGCCGACUACGCGCCUAUAUAUGCCUAUACGAUUGAAGACUGCAUGGAAGCUUGCGGCAACAUGAUCGACAAAGACGCCGAGACCGGCAACGGAGUGAAAUGCGCUAGCAUCGUCUUUUCGAAGCGUAUGAAGGACGAAUUAGACGGUUUAAACGCGAACUGCUGGUUGAAGAAUAAUUCCAAGGCGCAGGGGAGUAAUUGGGGUUUCAAGGACGAUUGGUACGCAUACGCGGAGCUGGACAACUGA